AUGCCACAACAAAUGUCCAUCACCGGCACUAAUGAAAACAAAACCCAUCGCAAGAAUCUACCCAGUUUUGUGAAGAAGCUCUGGAUCAUUGUAAACGAUUCACAAACGGAUCAUCUUAUUUGCUGGACCCAACAAGGAGAUGCCAUUUGGAUUCCAGAUGCAUCCACUUUUUCCAAAGCAGUGCUCCCUCGCUAUUUCAAACAUAACAAUUGGCAAAGCUUUGUUCGUCAACUCAAUCUGUAUGGCUUUCGCAAAGUGUCAGAGGCUGAGUUUCCUAUACAUGGGCCAAGGCGUAAUCCUGAUGGAUGGCAGUUUAGACAUGAUCAGUUUAGGCGUAAUGCGGAGGGUGCGCUGCAACAUGUCCAACGUCGUCGCUCUGUAUGCAGGACCAUCGCUUCCGGUUCUCCGACAUCCCCUCCUCCAUCAUCACCUUAUGGCCCGAUUAACAAGCGUGCAGCAUUACCAGCAUCAAUGAAACAUGAACACGAGCUUGUUGAUGAUGCAAGCCAUGGAUCAAACAAUGACAAUGCAAUCAACGAUUGCCUUGUUCGGUUAAACGAUAUGCUGGAGAAUGUACAAAGCCGUACUACUAAUAUACAUCAUGCACUUGGUCAACUGCGAGUCGCACAAACGCAACAGCAAGAGCUUUUAGCAUCUGUGGUAACAUUUGCCACCUCGCUUAUGGCCAACGGUGCAUCAUCAUCCGUUAAUAAUGAAGCAAUAUACCGGCUUAAACAAAAGCUUGCACAACACAAUACACAAGUUGCUUCUAUGCCAGCUCUUGAUGAAUCCAUAACGCAACAUCCUAAACACGAUACCCGGUCGCCACCAUCAGCACCAUUAGCUACUGCUGCUGCUGAUAAGAAUGACGACGAUAAUGAUGUUUCUCUUGAGGCUGUUUGCGCAUCUUCUCCCUCCUCAUCUACUUUGCAACUUCCUCCAAUUUACUCUCGCCCAGCGAAUCCUUUGCAUACGAGUGAUCAAUCACGGCAUCCUAUGAUGGAAAACGAAAGGAGCACAAAACACGCUACGCUACCUUUUGUGACACUACCCUGUAUCAACACAGCAACAACUGCUUCAACACCUGGCGGCAGCAGCAGCAUCAUCCUCAAUGAUGGAAGCAAUAACAAUAAUACAUCGUCAUCAUCCCUACCCACUUUACGAAGCCUUGCUUUACCGUAA